AUUGAAGGCGGUUUAUUGACUAAAACGCGUGUUGUCCAACGCCUUCACAAACGUAACGUGUUUCUAUUCUACUCUCUUUUGGCAACUGCAAAUAUAUAAAACAGAGAAACCAUCAUCAUAUAUAAAAACCUCCAUUGAUUUUCCUCUGUCUAUACACGCAAAAAAAAAUGGCAGAGAAUAACACUAUGGAAUCUGUGAGGAAAUGGGUUGUUGAACACAAACUUCGAACAGUUGGGUGUUUGUGGCUUAGUGGAAUAGCGGGUUCAAUUGCUUACAACUGGUCUCAACCCCAUAUGAAAACCAGUGUUAAGAUCAUUCAUGCCAGGCUGCACGCACAAGCGCUCACACUUGCUGCAUUAGCAGGGGCUGCAGUCGUCGAGUACUAUGACCAUAGCUCAGGAGCUAAAGCAGAACGUGUUGCCAAGUUCCUCCAACCGCAAGCCCAUUCUCACAAGGAGUGAAUGGCCAAUUCAAUGAAUAAAAACCAAACUGAUUAGGCACAGCUUUUUAUGGAAGAUUUUUACUAUAUCAAAUCUUUAGUACUGCGUCUCCUCCUUAGGAUAUGUGAUUAUUGUGGGCAUGUUGCUCCUUCCUUUUUCUCGAGGGCGAAUGAACUUUGUGGCUAUAGUUAUAACUUUCUCGGCUAAAGCUAAAAUUAGACAUCAUUGUCUAUUCAUUUUGAUUUUUGUAAUGAUUCAUAUAAAGUUGCCCUUCUAGCAGUAACAAAAUAUUCAAUUGA